AAAACUGUGCAGUGCUGGAGGAUCGAGUGGAGCGGUGCGCGUAGAUAAGCUGCUGUGCUUAUUGGAUUUCUCUUUUAUUUUUGGUCCUUUUAUUUUUCAUGUUGCUACUCCAAGAUGUAUUGCAGAUUCUUAUCCUGGAGACUCCUUUCCCAUCUUCCUCCUUCCCUCUUGUUUGAAAUAGGCGGUGCCUUGUUCUGAGCUCUCAGUUCCUUUCUGAUGGUUGUUCUGAAAAUUUAAAUGCAGUUUACAAAGAGACUGACAUCAUCCGGAGGUCUGUCUUAGAAGUAAAAGCAUAAAAAAAAGAGGAGGAAGAAUCAGUUCUUAAAAUUUGUAUUUUAUUUUAUUCUUGCUAACUCUUUAAUUGCUGCGGACGGAGAGGUUGGAUCAUUGAAGCUAAAACCUGACCGUUUCUCAACCUUACGAAGAUUUUAUCUGCUGGAAAUCUACGCGACGUGGAUCCUGAACCCAAGCAGGUUGAUCUUUAAGCUAACAGCUUCCUUGUCUGCUGCGGUGGUGUUAGCUCUGGGCAUGGGAGUUGUAAGGCAGAGAAAACAUUUUACAGAAAUGAAUGGAUUUACAGUUUUUUGUGAUCUUGUCCUCCCUGAAGAAUUGUAGGAUUUUUUAAAUACAAAAUUAAAUUCCAAAAUGUUGCAGUGAAUAUUAAACUUAUAGAUUAUUUAAAAUAUAUUAUUUGAAAAGAACAAUUUGUGUCUCUUGCCUCCCUCCAAAGGGGAAGUAGAAUUAAAUAUGGCAAAAAAUUCUGUGGAGGGGUCAAAGGAAGACUUGAGCAAAAUGACAGAAGAAGAUCUGUUGAGAUGGAGCAAGGAAGAAUUGGUGAAAAGGUUGAAGAAAGUAGAGAAUGAAAAAAUGAACUUGAUGGUGGAGCACAGCAACUUGAUGAAAGAUGUGAACCGAAGACUGCAGGUUCACCUGCAUGAGAUCAGGGGUUUGAAAGAAGUUAAUCAGAAGCUGCAGGAUGAUAACCAUGAACUGAGGGAGCUCUGCUGUUUCUUGGAUGAUGACAGGCAAAAGGGGAAAAAGCUGUCCAGAGAAUGGCAGAGGUUUGGGAGACACACUGCAGGUGUAAUGUGGAAGGAAGUUGGAAUGUACCAGCAGAAGCUGAAAGAGCUGGAGACUAAGCAAGAAUCCCUCAUGAGAGAGAAUGUUGAGCUAAAGGAAAUUGUGCUGAUGCUAGAUGAAGAGAGGAAUGGAGCAGGCUCUCGAAGCUCCAUAGAUAGCCAAGCUAGCCUCACCAACCUCAAUGGGGGUUCUGGAACCAGGGAUGUUGGAGAUGGGAGUAGCACAUCUAGCACUGGCAGUGCAGGAAGUCCAGAUCACCACCAUCAUCUCCUUCACCAUCACAAAGUUGUUGAAAACAAAGCUGGAGCUAUCCGGAGAUCCAUGGAUGACCUUUCUGCUCCUCUUCACCAUAGGAGCAUCCCCAAUGGCCUCAAUGAUUCAUCUUCCAACUACAUCAGACAACUUGAAACAAAAGUCAAACUGCUAGAGGAUGAUAACAAACUUCUCUCUCAGCAAUCAAGCUCUGGGGAUCUGAGGACCCUUAGGAAAGGGUUAUCCCCAUAUCACUCUGAGUCUCAGCUGUCAUCAUUGCCGCAGUAUCAGGAUGCCAUGCAAAAUGGUCCCUUUCGCAUGACUCCUGAUUUUGCUGCUUCUCCUGCAGUCGGUUAUAUUCCCCUAAGCCAGAAACCUGAAGCAGUGGUACAUGCUAUGAAGGUCCUUGAAGUCCAUGAGAAUUUGGACAGGCAGAUACAAGAAAACUAUGAAGAAGACCUGAGUGAAAAGGAGAAAGCAAUUGUUCGUGAAAUGUGCAAUGUUGUCUGGCGAAAACUAGGUGAUGCAGCAAGCUCCAAACCAUCAAUCAGGCAACAUCUUUCAGGAAACCAGUUCAAGGGUCCUUUAUAAGCACCUCAAGCUGCAAGACUGGAAGUGAAAAGAAUCAGAGGCACAAGAAUGUCCCUGCUUCUGGCUGCCAACAUUAUCCUUUCCCCCCCAUUUCCUAUAACUGUGUUGAUAGUGUAAAUAAGGCAGCUAAAGGCCUAGUUUGUGGGCUGUCCUGAUCCAGAACAAUGAUACAUGGGUUGAUGACUACCCUCUCGUGGCCAAUCUCUGUCAUUUGUAUUGUAAUGAAAUCCCUACUUUUCUGUAUGGUCAUAUAUACAUACUUGACUCCCAAUAAUUCCUACAGAGAGUAUCAGAAAAGAACUCUGAGCAGUUCCACUGCCUUAUUUUAGCCUAUUCAUGGAAUUGCAUGGCAGUGGUGGCUGCCCAAAGCAGUCUUCCCCAAUCUGGCAGCAACACCCACCAAUCCCAGCACGCUGACUAGAAAUUAUUGGAAUUGCAGCUGUAGGGCACUUGUCUGAGAAAGGCGUCUCUGUAGUAUGAUUUUAGAAAAUACCAAGGAAUUCACCAGUACCUAAAUUAGUCAUUGUUUAAGUCUGUUGAGAGAAGUCCUGUCAGAGAUUGUAGGGUUGGAUUUUUUUUGAAGGACAAAUCUGAGGUACAAGCAACUUUUAUCCUGCUAAGCUUUGAAUACUCUAGCAAUGCAUUCUAGAUUGUCAAGAACCUGACAAACCAUAAUGCAUAAUUGCUAGGCUGCCUUCAACUUGGUGGGCCACCAGUUUUUAGUGAUGCAGUUUUGGGUGAUACUGUAUGAAUAGCAGACCUCAGGCCUGGGGCUGUUGUUCAGCAUUGUUUGCCCUACACCUUAAUGGUCUCACUGCUCCUCCUCUUUGCUGCUUCUGCCUGCUUGCCUCCCCUUGGGAGGAAGAGUAGAAAGAAAUGACCAUCUCUGCAUACCUCAUCCUUCCUUCCUUUCUGGCAGAGGAAGCAAAUAGGCUCCACAGAAAUAAGUAAAUGAGCAGUGAGGAGGAGAAAGAGAUGAGCUCAUGUGCGGAGCAUCUCAUUUAAGAGCUGGCCAACAUCUAUAAUUGGCAUUGACAAUGUUUCUACACAAUUAUUAGGAGCACAUGAACCUUGCCAAUCCCAAUUAUAGAUUUUGGCCUGUUCUUGGGUAAGAUACUCCCUGAGGAGGCAGUAGGUAGAGUGGCACUUGACUGAGCAACCUGUUCCCUACAAGUCUUCACAUUGUUGCUAAAGAUACAGGAGCCCUUCAUUCCUUUGCAUUAUCCUCCAAUAUACAUGGGAGGAUUGUUCCACUGUUGUGAUUUUGCUUAUUUUGACCUUAACUCCACAUUAGAAAAAUAUAACACGUAAAACAGUUCCUGCAAUGUCUGUUUUUGCCCAUGUCUUUUUAAUAUUAUGAUAUUAAAUAAAAUCAUGGUCCCUUAUGUAAAGUAAUACGACAUGGUAUCAUAGAAAUGAGUGGGAGAAUUUACAGAACUGGUUACAGUAUUUGGAAAAGUAUGUAGAGGAACAACCAGUUAAGUUACAUCAUGAUUGUUGUGAGAAGUGCUGCUGCUGCUAAUCAACCAAAUCAAUUUUCCCUAUUUUGAACUGUGAUCAUGCUUUCCAAUCUCAUUUCAUCAGGUAAUUAUACAUUUCCUAAAAUUGUAUUGUGCAACACCUAACUGACCACUAGAUCCCAGUUGUAUUAGAUCACUUUGACAAGGAGAAACCUGUAGAAUAAAUGUCUAUCCUGAAAUGUGCAAUGCACUUGAAGAUACCACAGCUUCACCUUCAACAACCUGGUUUCACAGACUUUUGAUGACGGUUCAUUUAGUUGGAUCUAUUUCUACUGGAUACUCUUUAUUUUGAAUUUUUUUUUAAGAACUCACCUAGAUAGUCCACUACUCAAAAGUUUCAGUAUCUCUCUCAAGUAACCCUCUUUCAGAAAGACUAUAUUCUUUUCUUCUUGAUCUCAUUCUGGCUGUGUCAGCCCUUCAAAGUAGAUCAGGAACUAGGAAACCAAAAUUAUGAAUGCUAAUACUAAUUUUAUUAUAAAGUUACAUUAAUGGAGGCUUGCAAGGCUGAAUACAUUUCCCUUUCCUUCCCUUUAUCUUCGUGAGAACUAGGGAGGGUCCUGUCUGAGGUGAUUUCUCAAUUACAUUUCUGCCCCAGAUUCAGAUUUCUUGGUUGCACCUCUUGUCUUGGUUGCAACUCUUCCUCCUGUCCCUCAAGGUCAUUCCUUCUUCCCAUUACAGCCUGCCUUUUCAGUUUUGCAAUUCCAACUCUAUACUUAGAUAUUGAGCUGCUUUGGAAGUUAUUUAUGAUCUGGAAUCACUCGGCAUUCUGAGGAGCAAGGUGUGAGCCCCCCCCCCCUUUCUCAUUUUAUCUCAUUAUAGGCAAAAGUAUCAGUGAAAACCUCCCUGUUCCCUAAGUGAUUUAAAAUACAAACUGAUUUUGAAAAGCUCAAGUUUGCAAGGAUCUAUAUAUGGGCUAUUGAAAGAACCUUUCAGAUGAAGAUCAGGAGUGGUCCAAACAACUUAUAGUUGGGUUUGCAGCAUACAAAUUAUAUUUAUUUUCUAAAAUGCAAUGGAAUAAUCAAAGUAGCCAAAUGCUUGGGAACAAGGGUGGUCCUAUGCCACCAAAAUGCAGUGAGGUGUGGGUUCCAUGCAUGUCCUAUUUAAUGCUUGUAUACAUGGUUUCUUCUUGCUCUAAGUUGAUUACUGCAGAAAACACUGGUAAACAAAGCCAUGUAUAAAAUGUAUCUGCUUUAGGUUCUUUUUCCCACCAAAGUCUUCCAACAGGUUACUGCAGUGGACUCAUUUUAAGAAGCUCAUGCAUUAGAAAUCAAUGCUCACAUAUUUUUCCUUCUCCAUGUAUAACUAAUUGAAGUUAGCACAUAAUGUUAAAUGCGUAACAGAUCCUAUAUUAUGAUCUAGCUGAAUUAAAAGCAGCUGCAUUUCUAAGAGUUGAGAUUAAAUGAUGUUAUUUCCUAUAGUGGCCAUUCUAGUGCCCCCAGUGCUGCUGAUUGAGCAAAUUUAGCUGGCAUUUUUGGAAAUGCCACAACCAAUUGUAAGUCUGACAGAAAUCAAGUUGAGUGUAUACAUCGUAUACAAAAUCUCUUUCAUAUGUUUGGUACUGGAGCACUUUACUGUCUCACAACUGUUGGUAUUUGGGAUCUUACAAUAAGCUUUUUUCAUUCAUUUCAUGCAAGUGCUAUUAUUACUUAGUUGGCCAUCAGAUUCUUCUCCUUCCUUGCCUUUCUAUAGCCUUUGAGAGUUUAUUCCAGUAUUUUAAGAUUUACAUUGACUUGGUUUGAUUAAUCUGUUCGUUGAGCCAUUUUACUGAUGGCUGGGACAGGCUCCAAAAUAACUAAGUAUUUUUAAGUAGUAAGGAGAAUUCAUGUUCUGAAACAAAAGUUAUAUUUGCUUACCAAAUAAACCGCAAUAGUCUGGCUUCAGACAUGUGAAGCAGUAAAUCAUGGUUUAUAUAUCUCAAUAGUUGGGUUCAUAAUUCACAUUUUGCCAAAACCAAGACUUAGUCUGAAUGCUUAUGUGAUUGGUAGCUGCCUGGGAGUCUAUCUUGGGAACUUCAUGUAUGCUGCUUUGAGUUCCAUAGAGGAAUGGCAUAAGAUGAAAAGGGAUAGUAGAGAUUCUCUUAGGUGCUGGAGUUUUUUAUUCUCUGUGUUCCCACUGCAGUUCCUCCUGCACAUUCCUUGAGCUGCUUCCAGGAUGACUAUGAGGUGCAGGUACAAUCCACAUGAGGAAUAAUAAUAAUAAUAAUAAUAAUAAAAAUUAUUAAACUUGUAUGCUGCCCCACUCUCAAUGGCUCUGGACAGCUUUAAGUACUUGGGUAUUAUGUUAUAGGCAUAAAUCUAUUGCAGCCCAACCUGUCUAUUUUAGUGGACUUUACUUUCAUGCCAAUCCAGUGAACAGCCAGGGAACCAAAAAGCCAAAGGAAAAAAAAUCUGUAUUUUAAUUUAUUUCUGAAGCAAAUUCAGAUGCUUUGAACACAACAGGGAAAUCAAAACCAAGCUGAGGCAUAGAAACUAACUCAACAUGCCAAAAUAAAAUGAAAGGCACCCAAUAUUUAGUGAUACUAAAGUGAAAAUUACAUGAUGUUUGUGGAACUAGACCCAUACAAAUAACAUGCAUAAAUUGCAAAGUCCUCCAGAUUUGUAACUCCAUAAUGGUAUUAGCAAAAUUUUUGUAGAUGAAAAUGCAAAGUACUUCCAAAUAUAUGCAAGUUAUAAAUUGUAGAAUCUAGAUACAGUGCUAUGUGUAUUUUUCUAAUUGCUGUUUUAUAUUUAGCUUAAAAUAAGCUAAAAUUGUUUUCCUUGGACAAUGAUCUACUUUACAGUAUAACUUCAUAACCUGCUUCACCUCCCAGAUGAGUUACAUUAAAUUUCCUAUCAUCCCCAGGGAAACUAAUUGUCUUAGGGAAGGCUGAUUUAGAGUAUGGCUGAUACGCUAAACUCCGGUGAUCUCAAAGCAAAAAAAAAUUGCACACUGAAUAUUAAUAUAGAAGGAAAUGUAAGUUGAAAUAUAGUGCUGGAGUAGUAGUGUUCAUUUUCUCACCCCCAACUAAUAAUGAUCAUUAACUACCUGCUUAAUAAAGUCUGAAAUUUUAUACUCCUAAAAUGCAGAAGCAUUCAGUCUAUACUGAACAGAUUAAAACUUCAGGAGAAAAUUCCUGUUGUUUGGCUCUUCCCCUUCCUACUGCUCUUUUUAAGCAAUUGGUUGCUUUUCUUGGGGGGAAAAGCAUACUGCAUUUGGACAAAUCCAGGUGCACUUUGCUCUUUUCAGUAAAAGCAUAAUCUUGUUCUAAAAGGCAAAUGUUUACCCAAAAGAUAGCAAUUAAAAAGAAACAGUGUUUUAAAGUGACCUUUUACCUUUUUAGAAACUGGAAUAGAAGAAAAAGUACUACUGAUUUUUUUUCAAAGAAAGUGCAUGACUGUAAAGUGAUAAAAUUGUAUAUUUUUCAUAAUGUGGGGAAAGAGUCUAUUUGUGCUGCUUUUGGAAAUAAGUAUGAAAUUAUGAUUUCUGUUAAACCUGUGAUCUUACAACCCUGCCAUAUUUUCUAUAUAUGAUUGGAAAAAGUAAAUUAGCACCUGUGCUCAUGUACAGUAUAUAAGCAAAGUCUUUAGAUCUUAGCACACAUUUAUACCUUUUACUGAAACACUUUUUUGGCAGGGAGGGUGAAAAUAUAAAGACUUUUUAAGUGUGUAAAACCUUCAUUUGAAAUAUUUUAGUAAAAAUUAAGGGACUGUGGUAGUGUAUGCAUUCCAUUGAAGAUAAUAAAAUACAUUCUUUGUAAGGGA